AUGGCAGCUUUAGUUUCAGGAGGGACUGGUAUACCACCUAAUUCUACAGUUUAUUCGACCGGUCCCCUAAAGGUUCGAAAUCUUGAGGAAAGAGUAAAGGUGGAGGAACUGAAAGAGGCCCUAAGCGAGAUUUUUUCUGAAUACGGCUCCAUUCUCGAAAUUGUCGCGAAGACGAAUCUCAGGGCUAAAGGUCAAGCUUUCAUUGUUUUUGAUAGUGUUGAUUCUGCAACUCGGGCCAUCGAUGAAGUCAAUGGGUUCGAGCUGUUUGAAAAACCCAUGGUACUUGACUAUGCGAAAACGAAAAGCGAUGCUACAGUCCUCAAAGAAGCGGGUGACCAGGAGCUUGAAGCGCACAAACGGAGGCGAUUGGCUGAGAAAGAAAGGAGACAAGCACAAGAUGCCCUUGAAGCACAAAAGAGAUUAAAACGACCUGCAGCUAUUGCCACGGAUACUCGUCCGGCUAAAACAACAAGAGGAGCAGGGUUAAAACCAACGGGCACUGCUGCUGCCCCAGUUAUUCCUGAUGAAUACCUUCCGCCCAACAAGAUUCUAUUUCUUCGAGAAUUGCCAGAGUCCUACGACGCGGAUGGUCUCACUGCAAUAUUUGGACGUUUUGAAGGGUUCAAAGAAGUCCGCAUGGUGCCAGGCCGGAAGGGAAUCGCAUUUGUAGAAUAUGAGAAUGAAGCUGGAGCUAUCAGCGCUAAAGAAGCAACGUCAGGUAUGACGUUAGGUGACGGUGCGAAACCAAUUAAAGUGACCUACCAAAGACAAUAG